AUGAAAAAUGACGAAACCAUAUUCUUCGUCAAUGCCAAAGCUCCAAAAUAUCUUGGAAACACAUACGCAAGAUUUGCAGCCGAUGAACAAAUACGAAAACGAUUCUACCAAGGGUUCGAGAGUUCGCCCUACAAGAUGCACGGUAUCAGUGCCUUUGGCACCAACGUCUCUUUCUACGAACUGGAAAAGGAAAAUGCUGAUGGUCACUGUGGCAUUAUCAGGCCCCGGCCAGCUGCAAAGUAUUCGGAGCAAAUUCUUGUGGAUGUGAUACCUAAAAAUCGGUGGGAUCUCAAUAUACUCGAUGAGCAAGGGUAUGAGAACUUUAUGGAAGUUGUAGAGGAGGCCAAGGCUUUGGAACUUCAUGAACCUGCCAGCAGCUGCAGUUCAACAAUCGUAACCGGGUUCAAUUCGAAUUCGAAGUGUAUCAUGGUCAUUUUACCAAUUAUCAUUUCCGUUGUAAAUCUGUUGGAAUCGCAAAGCUACCGAUGUCCGUAUGACUCAAUAUGCCUACUAGUAGCUGUUCGAUUGCUGUUCGAACACCAUGCUCUUGCGCCUCACCCGGGCCGUCCCAAUCAUCAUCUGCUCAUAAAAAUAGAUUGUCAAUUUCCGAUGAUUGAAAUGAAGAGAGAAAUAAUCUGA